CUCUUUCUCGUCCACCGAUUCUUGUGUUUCCUCUCUCCCUCCACGCGUGCGUGCGCUGACCCGGCAACUCUGCUAGGACUAGAUUUUUUUUUGCUUCCCGCUUCUCUCGACGAGAUCGCCAUGGCCGGGAAGGGAGACGGGCCGGCGAUCGGCAUCGACCUCGGCACGACCUACUCGUGCGUCGGGGUGUGGCAGCAUGACCGCGUCGAGAUCAUCGCCAACGACCAGGGCAACCGCACCACGCCGUCGUACGUCGCCUUCACCGACACCGAGAGGCUAGUCGGCGACGCCGCCAAGAACCAGGUCGCCAUGAACCCCAUCAACACCGUCUUCGAUGCGAAGCGGCUCAUCGGCCGGCGGUUCUCGGACGCCUCCGUGCAGAGCGACAUGAAGCUGUGGCCGUUCAAGGUGACCCCGGGCCCCGCCGACAAGCCCAUGAUCGGGGUGCAGUUCAGGGGCGAGGAGAAGCAGUUCUCGGCCGAGGAGAUAUCCUCCAUGGUGCUCAACAAGAUGAAGGAGACGGCCGAGGCCUAUCUUGGCACGACGAUCAAGAACGCCGUCGUCACCGUCCCCGCCUACUUCAACGACUCCCAGCGCCAGGCCACCAAGGACGCCGGCGUAAUCUCCGGUCUCAACGUCAUGCGCAUCAUCAACGAGCCCACCGCCGCCGCCAUCGCCUACGGCCUCGACAAGAAGUCGAGCAGCGACGGCGAGAAGAACGUGCUCAUCUUCGACCUCGGUGGCGGCACCUUCGAUGUCUCGCUCCUCACCAUCGAGGAGGGCAUCUUCGAGGUCAAGGCCACCGCCGGCGACACCCACCUGGGAGGCGAGGACUUCGACAGCCGGUUGGUGAACCACUUUGUGCAAGAGUUCAAGAGGAAAAACAAGAAGGACAUCACCGGCAAUCCGAGGGCGCUCCGGCGGCUGAGGACAGCCUGCGAGAGGGCGAAGAGGACGCUUUCCUCCACCGCGCAGACCACCAUUGAGAUCGACUCGCUCUACGAGGGCAUCGACUUCUACACGACCAUCACCCGCGCCAGGUUCGAGGAGUUAAACAUGGACCUCUUCCGCAAGUGCAUGGAGCCCGUCGAGAAGUGCCUCCGCGACGCCAAGAUGGACAAGAGCACCGUGCACGACGUUGUGCUCGUGGGCGGCUCCACCCGCAUCCCUCGCGUGCAGCAGCUGCUCCAGGACUUCUUCAACGGCAAGGAGCUCUGUAAGAGCAUCAACCCCGACGAGGCCGUCGCGUACGGCGCCGCCGUCCAGGGCGCCAUUCUCACCGGCGAGGGUAACGAGAAGGUGCAGGACCUGCUCCUGCUCGACGUCUCGCCGCUAUCGCUCGGGCUGGAGACUGCCGGAGGCGUCAUGACUGUGCUGAUCCCGAGGAACACCACCAUCCCGACCAAGAAGGAGCAGGUCUUCUCCACCUACUCCGAUAACCAGCCCGGUGUGCUUAUCCAGGUGUACGAGGGUGAGAGGGCAAGGACCAAGGACAACAACCUGCUCGGCAAGUUCGAGCUCUCCGGCAUCCCACCGGCCCCCAGAGGCGUCCCCCAGAUCACUGUGUGCUUCGACAUGGACGCCAACGGCAUCCUGAACGUAUCUGCCGAGGACAAGACCACCGGUCAGAAGAACAAGAUCACCAUCACCAACGACAAGGGCCGGCUGAGCAAGGAGGAGAUCGAGAAGAUGGUGCAGGAGGCUGAGAAGUACAAGGCCGAGGACGAGGAGCACAAGAAGAAGGUGGACGCCAAGAAUUCGCUCGAGAACUACGCCUACAAUAUGCGCAACACCAUCAGGGACGAGAAGAUCGCCUCCAAGCUCCCGGAGGCCGACAAGAAGAAGAUAGAUGACGCCAUCGAGGGGGCCAUCCACUGGCUCGACAACAACCAGCUCGCCGAGGUCGACGAGUUCGAGGACAAGAUGAAGGAGCUGGAGGGCAUCUGCAACCCCAUCAUCGCUAAGAUGUACCAGGGCGCAGCAGGUCCUGACAUGGCCGAGGAUGCUCCCGCGGCCGGUGGCAGUGGCGCUGGACCCAAGAUUGAGGAAGUCGACUAAAUGAGGGGAUUUUGAGCGCGCUAGUUCUACUUAAAUAAUCUGUCGCGGAUCAGUGAUUGAUGGAGUAUACUUAAUUCUUCCAUUCUCUGCAUCUGUUGGGUAUUUUGCAUCUUCUAAUAUUGUUAGUAAAAUUGUUAAGAUCUUGAGAA